ACUGAAGGCAGUCUAUCUACCCCACUUUCUGUGUUUAGGUGGAUUUCUCAAUAAAGAUGAAGUGAGAAUUCUUCAUUUUGAAGACAGUGGAAUUGCAUUUGAGAAAUGCAAGUUAACUAGAUUCCAUGCCAAACUUCUGGACCACACCUUUUCCCCUAAAGGUGUUCUUUUGAGGAGUGGCUUCUCUGUGAAUUAUCAUUGUGAAACACUUAUCUAUCAAACUUUAAAAUCACACCUCACACUUCAUGUGUACUUGAUUCCAAGUGAUAAAAAAAUGAUAGAGGCUGUUCAAGAAAAUGAGGCUGAUAGCAAGGCUAUCACAAAGCCAGGACCAGAAUCCUCGCUUCAGACGAAGACUUGGUUUUCACUGAGGACACUGGAGAAAAUGAGGAAAUCUGACUCUAAUUCUGAAGUCAUACCCGAGAAGAUACAACUCAAAUACAAGCCCAUAAAACCAAAUUUCUUUGAAGUAUUCAUUGAUGCUCCAAAAGAGGACUUCUACCUUCAGCUGAUGGCGCAACAACACAAAGAAGUUGUAUGGAAUGUCAAAAUACGUCAAGCUGAUUACAGUCAGAAUGUUUCUUCAGUGGAUGUACGCAGAGAAUCUUACAGCUCAAAUGCUGUUGGUAACAGCCGUGUGCAUGAGAUCCUCCUACAGCAUCUUGAAUAUCUGACCUCGGACGAAUUAAAAUUAUUUAAAUGGCAUUUGACUGAAGGUGUGGAAGCUUUCAAAAAAAUUCCCGAAGGUAAACUGGAAAAAGCAGAAAGAUGCAAUAUUGUGACAUGCAUGAUUGAUCAAUAUGAACUGGAUGGUGCUGCUAAACUCACUGUGAUGAUUUUGAAAAAAAUGCAAAAGAACAACGAUGCCAAACAACUACAAGAAAAGCUUGAUAUGAAAGGCACAGACUGAACAGCAACCAUGAUGACCAAGAGUGCCCUUACGAAAAAGAAGUUUAUUCAAGUGUGCUAUUAGUAUACUUAUUUUAAACUAAAAAUAGGAAAGUAUACUUUUAGUUUACUUUUUAUGUACUUCUCAGAAAUGGGCUUUAUGUACUU